AUGGGAAUAUUUAGAUCUGAGGAUAUGACCCUCUACUAAAUUGCUAUUCCAAAGGAUGAUGCUUGGGAUGUGAUGAAUCAACUAGGAAACUUAAAUUUAGUUCAUUUCAUUGAUCUAAAUAGGGGAGAAUAACCUUUCAACUUGCCUUACGCAAACUAAAUCAAGAGAUGUGAAGAGACUGAAAGAAGAAUUAUGUACAUCUUAAAUGAAUGCAAACACUUGAAGGUUAAGAUCCAGAAGCCAAAAAGCAUUAAAUCAUUCUUGGAAGCUCUCUCUGCUGUGAAGAACGCAAAAAACAAGGCAUCAAAUCUAUUAUUCGAGGAAAUUGAACAUGAUGUAAGAGAUAAGGAGAAAUUCGUGAUUGAACAAACAGAGAAACUUAGAGAGAUGAAUGAAAGCUUUUUGACAAUGUUGGAUUACGAGAAAGUCCUUGAAAAUGUUUCAAUAGUCUUACCUUAGAUUCAAGGUGGUCAAGUUAGAUCAUCAAUGCACGGAGGCAUUGUUUUAGAAGAAUAAAAAUCAACCUCUAUCAAUAACAUUGAGAAAGCACCACUUCUUGAUAAUGACAACGUCUACAUUGCUCAUAUUGCAGGUACCAUUGAAGUUGAAGAGAAAUCUAGAUUAAAGAAAUUACUUUUCAGAGCUACUAGAGGAAAGGCUCUUACUUUCUUUUAAGAUUUUGAGGUCAGAACUCCAGAUGGAAAACACAAGACCAAGACUGUCUAUAUCGUAGUUUUCUAAGAAGGUAGACAAUUAAGAGACAGAAUUGUGAGAAUAUGCGACUCAUUUAUGGGCCAAAGAUUCGAUCUCCCACCAAUGGGUACUAUUGACCAGAAAAUAGACGAGGUCAAGAGAAAUAUUCUAGAAUCUAAAAACCUUACUGAAACUUCAAAGAAAUAUCUAAAGACUUAUUUGACUCAAAUCAACCAAAUAAGUCACGCAGAGGGAGAUUAACAACUUCAUCAUGAAAACAUUAGUUCUCUCGAAGUCUAUAAAUGGUUUGUUUCUAAAGAAAAAAACCUCUAUCAUGCUUUGAAUAACAUGAGAUAAGGUUAGACUACUUAUAUUGGCUAUUUCUGGAGCCCAAGUCUUGAGGAGAGAGAAAUUAGAGAUGUUUUAUCAAAUUAUCCUACUACUGAUUUUUAGAGAUUUGAGAAUCAUAGCAUCACUCCACCUACAUAUAUCAAAUCAAAUGAAUUUACCUACACUUUCUAGGAAAUUGUUAAUACCUAUGGUAUUCCAAUGUAUAAGGAGGUCAACCCAGCUGUUUUUGCUAUUGUUACUUUCCCCUUCUUAUUCGGUGUUAUGUUUGGUGACGUUGGUCAUGGAGGUUUACUUUUAAUCGCUGGUAUUUUAAUGUGCCUUUUCAAUGAUCAGAUUCAAAGAACAAGCUUAGCUGAUAUGGGUUAAAUUAGACAUUUAAUUCUAUUGAUGGGAAUAUUCGCUUUCUAUAACGGUUUCAUCUAUAAUGAAUUCUUUGCUAUUCCACUUGAGUUAGAUAAAUCUUGUUACUCUGAGGAAAUUUCUGUACUUUCAACUUCAGUUAACUCAACUGAUCCUUUAAGAGUUAGAAAUGUCCCAGCCGAUUAUGGAUAUGAAAAACUCUCACAUAGAUGCGUUUAUACAUUCGGAGUUGAUUCAAGAUGGGCUCAAUCAACUAACAUGCUCGCUUACACCAACAAACUAAAGAUGAAGAUUUCAGUUAUCAUUGCAGUUCUUCAAAUGUCAAUGGGUAUUAUUAUGAAAGGACUUAACUCACUUUACUUCAAGAGAUCAAUCGAUUUCUUCUUCGAAUUCAUUCCUCAAAUUAUCUUCCUCAUCGCUUUGUUCGGAUGGAUGGAUAUUCUUAUUAUUGCUAAGUGGGCUUACCCUCAGAAUGUUGAUUAGGAUUAUCUUGUUCCAGGAUCUGGUGUUCCUCCAGGUACAUGGGAUCUCGAAUAUGAGUAUGGAGGUUUCAAUGCUACCCAACUAUCUCCUCCUGUUAUCACAACUAUGAUUGAUAUUUUCUUGGGAGGUGCUAGUAACUCAACUUCAGUAUAAGGAAACAAAGACGGGGAGACUUUCACCUAUGACAAAACUAAAUAUUACUAUGUCCUUGAAAGUCAAAAAGGUGCUUCUAUCGCUCUUGUCUUGAUAGCUAUUGCCAUGGUACCAUUAAUGCUCUGCGUAAAGCCACUCGUCAUGAGACACAGAAUCAAGAACGCACACCAUAACCAUGCUGCCCACGUUGAUGUUCAUACUGAAUCAGUUCAAUAUGACAAGGGGUUAGAGGAUUCAAAGGCUCAAAACAAGAACCAAGUUUAUACACAGAUUUCUGAGAUUCUUGAGAAUAUGGGCUCUGGCAAGGAGCAUCACGAUAUCGGAGAAAUAUUCAUUCAUUAGUUGAUUGAAACCAUCGAAUUCGUGCUAGGAGGUGUCUCUAACACUGCAUCCUAUCUCCGUCUAUGGGCCUUAUCUUUAGCUCACUCUUAACUCGCUGCUGUGUUUUUGGAAAAUAUUCUCACUAUCGCUUACAAAAUCGAUAAUGUUGGAACUGGGGGUGUUGCUUUCUGGGCUUGCUUCUUAGGUUUCUUUACCUUCACUUUCGGUGUACUUAUGUGUAUGGAUACCCUAGAAUGCUUCCUCCACACACUUAGACUUCAUUGGGUCGAGUUCCAAAACAAGUUCUACAAGGGUACUGGAUAUAAAUUCGUUCCCUUCUCCUUCGAAACUGUAUUAAGAGAGGAGAUGAAAAGACCUUGA